CUGAAGAGUGACGCCUCUUGCGGUGAAGUUUACAUUGACGCAUCAUAUUUUUACAUAAAGAGCAGUGUGAAAGUAGACCUAUGAUCAGCGCCUUUGCUCAGGGGGAAUGUUUUCUUGACGUGUGACACCUACUGUGCCUAAUGAAGGUGUUGGCUCCCUGGUAAUCCAUUUAAUCCAGUCUACAAAGUCACUUAUCUCCUCUUCCAUUAUGCGCGUGCCAAUUAUCAGUCGUUUCUGUGUCCCGGUCACAUCUCCAAAGGGCUCUCUCCCUCUAUUUGGAUAACUAGAUCCGCGAGACACCCCCUCUUAAGCAUCACUCCUCUCUUCAACAGUGUAGAAGGUGUGAAGACGUGCGUAUCCGAAUCAGUGCGACUCAGACACUGAUUGAUUUGGACAAACCUGCGUUGUAGAUAAUCGACUGACUUCAAUUGGAUAAUGGAUUAACGCGUCAGAGAUAACGCAAACAGGCUAUUCUCAACUCCAGAUGUCAAUGUAUUGGAAGAAAACACUCACCCAUCCAUAAGGAAGUGUACUCAACUAUUUUAACCUAGUUGAAUAAACCGUUCACCGGUGCGCACUGAGAGAGUGCGUGGUUGUGUGUGUCUUCUGUACUUAUAGCCCAAGUUGGUCUGGUUAAAUGGGGAGGCUUGAAGAACCUAGACAUUGACCUAGACGCAACAUAUAGGCAGGCAGACAGACAGACAGUGAAAGGAGAAAUCAGUCGCUUUGAGAGUCUGAGUGGUCAGAGUUGCGUCGAAGUGCGGCAGAGUGAUAUGGAUUGUGCGUCGGAUGCCAUCGGACAUCAGCGCGCAUCUCUAUCAAGAGGAAGACUCUAAAGCUGUUGCUGCUGGUCGAAUAGGUGACCUGCUCGUAAGGAAACAAGUUCUGGAAAAGAGAAGCUCGGAUGAGGACAGAAAACAACGUUUCUCUCGCUACGUAAAGAAUAUACAAGUUAGGGAUAAAUUGGAUAGAUUGGGGACUUCAAAUUACUUGUUAGUUGUCACUUCAAUGGAGAAAAUGAUUCAAGUCGGAGGGAGAUGUCUGACAAUAUUGAUGAUCUUUUUAGUACUUUUCGUUGGAUUGGUGAUGGGCUUUCCCACCAAACAGCACAACAAACUGCAUAACGGCGUGUCUUUGGAGGCUCGUGCUCAGUCGCCCGCCAGUGGGGUCCAUCGUGGACCGGAGGCCCUGGAGCAGCAGAACCAGGUCCAGAGCCUCCUCCCCCCUGACAUGGAGCACCGCCACAAGAGGAGGUGGUCUCACUCUCAGCAUCGCUCCGUAGGGGUUCUGCCCCAGCCUGAGCCGGAGGAGGAGAUUAAACCCUUCGUUCUGGACCUCAAGAACUUCCCUGAGCUCGCCAAUGCAGACAUCAGCUCUCAGAACCCCAACAUCCAGGUGACCAUUGAGGUGGUGGAUGACCCUAACAUAGAAGUGGAGAUGGAUCUGGUAACGGACAAGGACUGGAUCCCUCCUUCCUCCCCUUCCACUGUAGACUGGCUGGGCGGUAAGAAGCUGUUCUGGCCCCUGUUCUGGGGCUACACAGAUGCUGACUCCAGUGAGGAUGGAACUGGCCGCUCGGGGCUGGAGGAGACUGAAGAGGAGGAGGAGGACGAUUACCUGUUGGAGUAUGGUAGUGAGGAGCCCCUCCCAAGUGGAGUGGGGGGAGACUGGGACAGUCGCUGGAACGAGGGUUGGGACGCCACUCAUAGCUACUAUGAGGAGGGGACAGAGGAGUGGAGUGCCUGGUCUCUGUGCUCAGUCACCUGUGGUCAUGGAGAGAGGAAGAGGACACGGUCCUGUGGUUACAGCUGCACCCUGACAGAGGCCACCAAAUGUGACAUGGAGCCUUGUCCAGACGCUGUCAACACAGUGGCUGAACCUUUCCCCUUCGAGAUGGAGAACGGCACUGAACCGUUUGGCACAGAUGUGGACACCUGUGAGAAGUGGCUGAACUGUAAGAGCGACUUCCUCCAGAGAUACCUCAACCAGGUCCUUUCAGAACUACCCAGCUGCCCCUGUGCCUACCCCUCGGCCGCCGCCUACACCGUGGUCAGCGCUUUCGACGAGGGACAUGACCGGACCUUCCGUUGGCAUGACGCCAGUGGCCCUAAAGAACGCCUGGACAUCUACAAACCCUCUGCGAGGACUUGCAUCCGCUCGGCCCUCUCCAGCGAUGUCGCUACGCUCGGCGCCCAGCACUGUUGCUACGACGACCGUGGCUGUCUGAUCACACGGGGUAAGGGUGCAGGAACGCCCAACCUGAUCAGCACGGAUUUCUCCCCGGAGCUCCACUUCAAGGUGGACGUGCUUCCCUGGAUCCUGUGUAAAGGGGACUGGAGCCGCUUCCACGCGGUGCGGCCGCCCAACAACGGCCUGGUCUGCCCGGAGAACCCCCACCAUGACGUGUUCAUGAACGAGCUGGAGGAGGCCCGGGAAUACUGAGAACACACACAGCAGCCAAAACUACACUACCCAGAAUUCACCCGUACAGUGGGGCCCAAUCCUAACUUGAGAAGGGAGCGCGUGUAGGACUGUUUUGCAUAGCUUUUUGCAUUUUGCAUAUAAGGAGGUAUGGCGGUUGCAAGGUUGAGGUGCAAGUUGAUUUCAAGUUAGGAUUUGGCACAUUAAACACCCUGUGACCAGACCCAACAGAACAGAACUGAACUUCAUUGAACUGAACAACAACUAAAAAGACGCAGUCCUGUCAAUGCUUGCCGACGUGUUUCGCAUCCAGCAUGGUACCAAGCUCUCUGUCUCUCUCUCUCGCCGUCUGUCCAUGACAUUGUCGUCUAGCCUGUUGGUGGCUUGUUGUAGGUGUUGUGGCUCUGUGUGACUGACGAAAGCAACAUAAACAUCCCAAAUGUACUUCCUGAUUUGAUUUUGCUGUGUGAGAUGUUUGAUACUGUAGUAAGUCUUGUUUUGAAAAGGGGAUUGUGGAAUGCGUCAUGCCCAACACAUGAAUAAAGUCAUAACUAUGCUGCUAUGAGAAGAUGAAGUUAAAUAGGUACUGGAGGGGGAUAUAUGAUUGAACAAACAUGAAUUUGCUGAAAGGUUAUUCUUAAAAAAUAUAAUCUAAAGCUGAGGAGAGAAUUUGGUCUAAAGAAAGAAGUUUACAAGCACGAACAACCACACCCAGCACCUCAUGCUCAUUCUUGAUAACAUGCCAACAGAACAACUUCUUAGAAGCUUGGAGGUGGAGACAGUCUUCUGGACUGAACUUCUCGUCCUCUGUUUCAACAAUGACAGUUUGAGAACCUUCAAUCAUGGAUGUUUCUACAGUUUUCUCAGGGGGACUCAUAUUGUUAGAGAUUAUAGCCCAUACGUACCUCAACAGUGGAGCAGCAUUGGGAACCACUACUUCAGAGUGCACUUCACAGUGCACUUCGGACUGUACUUCAGAGCGCACAUUAAAGAUGAGAAUGGUACCUGUUACGGAAACGAAAAAGUUGGAUCUACAGUGUAAAUGGAUGAAGAGCGGAUAAAUACAGUAUUAAUUCAGAUAAAGUUAUGAAAUGAUGCUCUUUGUGCGGUUUUUGGCAAGCCAUUUUUUCUGUCAAUGUAAUUAAAGUUGAAUAGUUGUUCUAUUCCAUUGCGAUAUGUUGCAUUGUUUUUGCAAAGACUUCGUAGGAGUGGAAACUGUUGGCUUGAAGUCUUAACAUUUAUGCUCCAAACCUCUUUCAGGAAUUCAGUUUUUUUUUUAUGUGUGCAAACAUGCAUUACAUUUUGAAAUCACAUGUUGUUUUUUUAAAGGAAGGCACUUUAUUUAAGGUAUAUAUAUAUAUAUAUA